AUGGGAGAAGCAAGAAAGAUUUAUUCAAUAUUUCUCAACACAAGUAAUGCUUUAGAAGCAACAAAUCGUGUGAUUAAAGAUGAAGAUACAUUAAGAGAACGGUUAGUAUUAUCAAGAUUUACAGUUGUUAUAUUUUCUAUAGUCAAUAAAUGGUCAAAAGAACGAAAUCCUACUCUUAUCAAUUCAAAAAAAUUCGGACAUCAACCAUUAAUAACAUUAUCACAUUGGACUGAUGCAUACAAUUGGGUUAAGCUUAACAAAGAAGUUAUAUCUAUUUCCAACGAUGAUACAACAAUAUAUUAUUUGCCUGCUGGUGAAGAAAUUACAAUAACAGGGUUUUUACUUUCAACAAAUAAAGUAACAUAA